AUGAAACAGUUAACUUAUGGUUAUGUAAAGUGUACGCGCUCUCGGUGCCCCAAUCCGUUGUCGUUUCCGAUAUUCGUCGGUGUGUGACCUAAUCAGCAGCAGCGCCAUCAUCGUUUGUGAGUUCUGGCUGCCGUCCGUGGAUUGUGUGGUGUCUCUCUUUCCCCGCCGUCGCCGCCGCUGCCGUCUCGCUAGAUCAGUCCCAGUAACUAAACCACCGACCCUGGCUGACCCCCAGGCGCAGGAACUUCCACCGUCCCGAUUGACGACGACGACCACGGUGACCUCUCAUAUCUGUGCUGGGCUGGGUAGUAGCAAAUUGUGUGUGGGGCUCAGGGGGUGCCAUCGACAUCCCUAAUCAACAAGAGGAUUUCUGGAAUUUCUGUAGUACGCACCCGUACGUGUACGCGCAGAAAAUCCUUGGUGUGUGAAAAACGGGAAAAUCUUUUUUUUUUCAUCUCCUGAAAGGCAGAGCAAUAACAGUGAAAAAUUUCUCCCAAAUUCCUGUGCUGAAUUUGACAGCUUUGCUGACAGAUCGCGAAAAAGAAUUCCAGCAGCAAGCAAAAAAAAGAAAAUGGAUUACGGGAGUGCUCGAAAUGGAGAAAAAUUUAUAAUUUAGCUAUAUUUUUAUUAUAUGGUGGAGUUUACAAGUUUGGCCCGUAUGUUGUGCACUUCAUUCCGUCACACAUACACCAACACGUGGCGCACGAUUGCACAAGUGUGGGGCUGCUGAGGAUCGCGAUCGUUUGUCAGUGUGGGUGUGUUUUUCUUGUGAAUCGAAUCGCGAGCGAAGGCAAGUAUUGUGUAUCCCCGACGCGAAAGGUCGGUCCAUUUUCGCCUACUUUGCGUGUGUAGUGGUACAGUGGAGUUCGACCCAAAUGUGUGUUUUCAUUCGACGUGGGGAGGGCAGCUAGGAAGAGAAAAAAAAUCGAAUAAGAUUUUGACAGCUCGCCGCUUUUGAUCAAAUAAAAAUAAAAAGCGAGUUUUAUUGAUUAUUUCCAACGACGGAGAUUAAAAUCGUGAGUACAACACGAUUGUGUGAGAGCAAGAAAUUACGCGAGAUGUGAAUAUAUCUUGGGGCUGACCCCAAAGUGUGUCCAACUACGCCAAGGAAUGCUGCCAAGUGUGUGGCCAGUAUUAGUGAGAAGUGUUUAGUCAGUGAGAAGCCAAAGAAAUAAUUGUCUGGCUCGCGGAAACAGCAAAAAUCAUCAGCACAAAAGAAAAAUGGUUGUAACACAAUAAUAUCCACUCAGCUCGAAGCGUAGGGAGCAAGUGCCCGCGGAUAAAACAUCCACUUCCAGAAGAAGAUUUCCGCUUUAAUUUCGGUUCUUUCCCCCCUUGUUGAGUGUAAAGUGAAAUAAUUUUGUGUGGAAGAAAUGCCCUGGAUAUGAAUACAGAAGUUGGCUUGAAAUGGAGAUCACUCGGGUUAAACGGAACGACGUCCGAGUCUCGCUCGAGAUCUCCUUCUUCGGCCCACAGCCUCGUAGACCCACUUCCUGAUUUGAUCCCGCUGGACCCACCCCUGGAGCAGCACGAGAUCAGACCAGGUCGGAAAAAUGCUCGCCAAAACAUCAACAAUAACAACAGCGCCAGCAAAGUCAACAAAAACUUUGACAAAUCGCUUGCAUCACAAUCGGACAUCAUUAUCGAUGGUAGCAAGUUUAACUUGAAGCCUAUCAUUAGACUGAAAGCGGUUCCUUGGCCUCAAAACAAUUCCGAUAAGAAACAACCAAAGCAGCAGGGCAAAGACAUCAAGAGCGACAAUAAUAAGAAAGACAUCACGACGUCGACGACAGUGGUCGACAUCGCUGACGACGACGACGACGACGUCGAGUGCAGUGAUAAAAAACGUCGCGGCGUUGCCGGAAAGAGACAGCACUACAAUAUCGUUGCAGGGGAAAGCGAUGUCGUGGAGCCAUCGACGAAACUGAUCCUUCGUCGACGCAACACAACCCCUUUAAGUUGCGCAACACCGCAGCCAGUUGCAGCGGCAGCGCCGAAAACGUACACCACCAAAGGCCGAACGUCAUCGACCGCGACCGCCCCGAAUAGUGCAACAAAAACUGCAUCGCCCGGCAGCAAAAAGUCGGCGUCGGUAAAUGGUGCCGCUACGAUGUCGUCCGUCGUCGUCGCCCGAAAUGUCAAAGUCGAACCGCAGGAAAACAACAACAUCCCAACGGCGACGUCGAAACGGAAAAUCAAACAGGAACCGGUGGAACGGUACGAGGAACCAAUCGAGGCACAUCGCAAGUCCAGCCGGCGGAGACAGUUCACCGACCGCAUCAUCGAUACCAUGUGCAUUCCGGAGUACUACUUCAAGGCACGGUGCCGGAGUAAAACUCGGCGCUCGACCAGUUCCCGAAAGAAGAACCCGGUCGCCGUAGCUGCUGCAGCGGCCGCCGCCGCCUCGACCGUUUCCCCCAAAUGCCACAAGGGCCCAGGACGGCCACCGAAAAACCCGGGCACCCGGUCAACUAGUGCCGGAAGCAGCCGAAAGGCAGCCAAAGAACCAAACUCCCCCGAGGAGACGGCAACAGUUCCUCGUCUGAAUCCGAUCUUCCUCUUUGUCAAGCAGGAAGACACCCGAAUCGUCGAGGUUCGGUGUGAGGACUAUGACAAACGUAACCGUAUACGAAUAACCAAAUCAUCCAGCGGCCUCUGGAGGUCGUUCCCGAGAACCGAUACCAGCUCGUCGGUCGUGUUCUCGCUGCUACCGAAACCGAAACCGAACAUCUUAAUCAAAAAGGAACAACAAACAGGCGGCACCGACGGCCAAUCGAGUUUGGUUCCCAACGUAGAAUCACCAAAGUACAAAAAAUUACACAAAAAGAAGAAAAAGCACAAAAAGGACAAGAAACACCGGAAGGAGGGCAAAGAAUUGUCAUCUCAGGAGGAUAGCGCGAUUUGUUUAGAUGUGCAUGACAUCAGCGAGCUCGAUCCGACGACCGCUGAGGGCAUCAAGCACCCGGUCGAGGAGGAAGAGUACGAUGAUGGUGUUAUCGAUAUCACCCUGUCCGAGGAACAGGACGCUAGUAGUUUGAACCUGAAGGAUUUGAGUCAAUCGUAUGUUAAUGUUGACGAUAGUAGUAAUCAAAAUAAUUUAACCGUUGAUAGCCACAAUAUCAGUAGCAAUAGUGAAUGUAAUACCAACAAUAGUAGCAUAAAUCUCUCCACCAGCCUAGAAGAAAUCAGUACUAAUAGUAUUAACGCCACUAGUAACACAUAUAGCAAUAAAGACGACGGCAGUGACAAUGACGUCGAGUUGAUCCCACCAGAGGACACCCAGGAAUUGCUCCAUCACCACACCACCGAUGGCGGUGGAUUGGUGGCACCCCCGGGAGUUGGUGGAGGCGGUGGGUGGCCAGAGGAAUUGGAUAACAUCGAGGCACAGAUACCAUCAACCAUUAUCUCGGUGCAAGAACUUCAGCAGCGAGUUCGAGCCAGCACUAGCAGCAGCAACAGUGCGCAUGUCAACGUUGUGGGCCAACAUACAACAACAGCGGCAGCGGCACUCAAUAAUUUGAUUGCACUAAAUGAACUUGGGUUUAAUCAUCAGGAAAACCACGCGAACGAAUGCAUCGAGAAAACAAUCUCCUAUCAUCUCGAGUCGCUGCAAGCGGCCGCGGCUGCUGCAGCGGCAGCAGCAGCAUCCUCUUCCUCCUCGGUUCGGCAUGGCCCUUCUCCGAUCAUAACCGCCGAUGCUGCCAGUGGCAAACAUGGCACUUUUAUUGGUGCAGCAGCCUCUACCGAUACUAGUGGUGCUGCUGCUACUUCCACAAUCCUCCUCCCACCGACGACGACGACGUCGACGUCGUUGGCAAGGACGAGCACCUCCCUUUCCGCCCUCGACGUCGUCGGUGCUAGUGUGAGUGCAGCAGCAAAAGAAGCUGGGGAGCAGCAAGGUGGAACGUUGUUGCUGCACACAUCAACAACUUCCGAUGCACCGACGACUGUGCACGAGAUUGACGACGACGAUGGAGACGAAGUGUGUGUUCUGGAGUCAGAUCCUGCUCCUCCACAGCAGCACCAGCACCAAACAAAAGGACGAAAUGAAAAUAUGUGCCUGGAUAGCGCAGCAGUAUACGAAAAUUGUAAGACGAAAUCGGAUUGCAUCCAGAACGCGGAAGUGCAACCGCACAUCACAAUCAGUAGUGACAGUGAGCUGGAGGAUGAUGAUCCGAAGCGUCGUCAUCAUCUGAGUGAGUUUAACGAUUGCAGUGACCUGAUUGAGGGCAUCCGCGAGAUACAGUCCGCCAAUCCGGAAGAUUUGCUUCAUGCAAACUGUGGUGAAAAUACAAUGACUGGUGCUGAACUGCUCGAUUCAUUGGUGGAGCAACGGUGUGAAGACAAUCAAAUUUCCGGUACGGAUGAUCUCAAAAAUACCAUUUAUACCAUAUCAGAUGACUAUAACGACGACGAUGAUGUCCUGCUGGAACCGGAACCUGUUGCCGACAUCAUCUCGCGCCUAGGUGAAUCGCUCAGCACCUCGCCCAAGUGUUUAUCGUUCAACGAAGCUGGUGAAAUUGAAGGACUUACAGGUGAUCUGUUCGAUACGACGCAUCACUCCUUGCAGAUGGAUGACAACCUGCCAAAUCCGUUUUCCUCCCAGAACCCCACGCUGGACGAGUUGUCCAUCACAAUCAAAGACCUUACCGAUAGUAGUGAGCACGCAAACUCUUACUUUAACAGUGCCGCCGAGAAAAGUAACAAAGAAUCUGACGACACGCCGAUUGUGAUUUCGCCCGAUUCCUGCCAAGAAGAGCUACCCAAAGAUCUCAGUUGUCGGAAACGUAGUGAAAAGAGCACCGAUUCCAUUGUGACCCUCUCGCCUUCCCCCAGACCCAUAUCCCACAGUUCCGAUGCCAUCCAGUCGCCACAACCGAGUGGCUUGCCUGCGGUGCCACCGUCGCCGGAUAUUUUCCUGCAGCCAAAAUCGGUCUCAAACUCCGUCAUAGAAUCGCUGAUUUCUCAAGCCUCCGUUAGCGCUAAACCACGCAGUGCAAUCCAGCAGAAAGAACCACUGGACCUAGGCAAGUGUCGAAAGUCUGCUAGCCCCACUGUUAGCUGCUCCGAAGAAGCCAAACGCCAAUCGGCCAGCGAAGAUGAGCCAAAAUCGAAACGAAUAAAAACAGAUCCCGAGAGCAACAAAACAACUAGUGGCAGCGGUAGCAGCAGUUCCAACACUGGUGCAUCCUCAGUUGAAGUGAUUGCCAGUAGCGCCGGAACAAGUGGACACACCAAUAGCAGCAGCAACAGUAGUAGUAGUGCAGCCGGCAACAAUGCUGCUGCGGCCAACCAUUGCAACCUCAACGAUUCUGCUCGGUUGGUAGAAAUGCUAACGUCUGGCAACGAUCCCGAUCCACUCACACAGCUGCGGUUACUUAUUGGCAACCCGGCCUGGAAGGUACCUGACCCGUUACUUGUGCCAAAGGAUCGUCUCAACGCAGUAUUAGCCUCACCGGCGCGGGAGAUUCCUCUACUGCUAACCACCCGACCGGAACUGCGGCUACCUGAGGCAUUCGCUUUUCCAAACAUCCUGCAGGAUCCAGAUAUUCUGGUGAUUUCUUUGUCCCAACUAGAAAAGAUACUGGAAACCCAGGACGAUAUGCUGAAACUCAAAUCCAAAAAUGAUAGCAACAAGAAGAGCGCUCCAAGUCCACUGGAAUCCCUUAAACAAACCCUAACGGCUCAAGCGGCUAAACAGAACCCAAUGAUGAGUUCUCUGCUUGCCUCUGGAUUGGCCGGAGACAUCGAUGCCGCCACAGCUGCCGCAUUCAAUCAAAUGCUAUUUCUUCCAUAUCUGGGUCAGAUGGGUCAAUUUGGACCGGAGCUUCUGAAGGCAAUGAUGAACAUUCCUAAUGCAAACACCAAUCUAUCCAACAUGCUGCCAUUCAUGGGCUCGCGGUUGCAAGACUUCUGCGGACUCUCCUCGAAUCCUAUGGAUUACAAACGACAGCUCGAGUUUGCAAUGUGGCAAGACGCCCUCAGCCAAGUGAACAACGCAAGUCUCCAGCGGAAGCAGGAAACCCAGAAGAAACCAACCCCGAUGGUCGCAGCCACUCAAAUCGAUCGCAAGCCAAUCAUUCCACAAAAGACACCGGAACAGCAGCGCUCGGUAGCUGCCAUUGCUGCGGCUGCCAACAUGUUCCAACAGCAGAGCCAACAAAACAAGAAAUCAAGUUCCAUGAUGAACCAGAUGAAUUCUCUUUCGAUACCUCAGUUCAUGACUCCAUCGAUGCCAAAUAACCGAUUCAACAGCAACACCAGAACCUCAACGAUGCAAUCUCCCUCCUCCGCGCUGCAGCAGCAGCUGAACACAACCGGAUUCAAUAAUUUGCCAAAUAUGAUGAACAAGGCGGCCGCAGCAGCUGCCGCUGCAAACAACCAGAUGUGGCAGCAGGGACGCAGCGCCCAGCUAUCCGCAGCAGCCCAAAACAAGUCCAAACAAUCCUCCGCUAAUUCCAUGUUCCCGAAUAAUGCUUUCUUCAACCUUCCAACGAACUUCCAAGAAUUCCACGAACAACAGCAGCAGCUGGCCAGAAAACUUCAGAAAGACCACCACGACGAGCAGAAACCUCGGGUCACUUGCAAAUCGCUGGUCAAUCUGCUCCAACCGGACAAACAACAGCAGCUACAGAAACAAACUGUCAACAGCAAGCUAGCCAAUCUGAUGGCACUUCCCGGAAUGGAUUUGUAUGCCUCCGGUCAACACGAACAGCUGCAGCAGCAAAUGUUUUUGCAACAGCAACAACAACAGCAGCAGCAGCAACAACAGCUGCUUCAACAACAGCAACAACAAUUGCUUAACCAAUCUCAACAGCAACAACAACAACAGCAGGGAAAACUAAAAGUGAAACCAGGACUGCACCUGCUCGAUCCCGCUGCCAUCCAGCGCCGGUUGCUGAACACCGACGAACUUUCCGAGGUGGGCAGCACCACCAGCCUGGAGGACACCACCGAUCUCAGCUCCCCGCUCUGGCAUCCGCUGUUCGGAAGUGCCCAGAAAACUCCGGGUAACGUGACGGCAACAACGCCAGCAACUGGCAACACUUCCGGAGGAAACAGUUCCGCCGCGUCUGGUGCUAGUGCCUACAACAGCCCGUGGCAAUGGACCACCAUAACGGCCUCAGGAGAAUGACAAUAUGGGG